AUGGAAAUUUCUCUUGUAUAUUUAACUUGGUACCAUGGCUAUUGGCGCAAGCGUGGACUCGUUACAGCGCAGCCGCUAACACUGCUGGGCAGUUAUCCUGGACUAUUUGGCGGUGGCAGCAGCUUUAUAGAGGAUUUGAGCAAGAUAUAUGACAAAUAUAAAGGCAAACAUCGAGCCGUGGGCGUAUUUCUAACGCGUGAGCCACAAUUAUUGCUACUGGAUGCGGAAUUAGCGCAUGAGGUGCUGGUAAAGAACUUUAACGACUUUAGAGAUUCAUUAACCAGCAGCUAUGUGUCGUCAACUGAGGAUUAUGAUAUAUAUGUAGCACGCAAUCCAUUCUUUAGCAAAGGCGAACAGUGGAAGAAGCGACGCACAGAAGGCGGCGCAGGACUAACGCCAAAUAAAUUAAAACAAGCUUAUGCCAUUUGGGAACAGACGAGCAAUAUGUUGCUGGACUAUAUGGACAGAGCGCUAAAGGAGCGUGAGGAUCAAAUUAUUGAGAGCAGAGAUCUCUGUUAUCGUUACACAGCCCAAGCAAUGGGCGACUUCAUCUGGGGCAUUGAUGCCGGCACACUCAGCGGUCGUGUGAAUGAGCUGAGUCAGUUCCAGCAAGUAUCAAUGGAUUGGGUGUCGACGGCUUUUCAGAAUUUGCCGCGCUUCAAUAGCACAGCGGUAGCUCCAAUUUUACGCAAAUUGCUGAGUCUGCGCUUUUUUAGCCAGGCAUCAAAUACAUUUUAUUUAAGGCUAACAAGCGAUGCAGUCAAGUUGCGUCAAAGUGGCAGCAACUUGGCUGAGCGUCAUGAUUAUCUGUCGCACUUGCUGCAGCUGCAAGAAAGAGGCGCCAGCUUGGAUGAUCUGGUUGGACAUGCGCUAACAGUGCUCAUGGAUGGGUUCGAGACAUCGGCUGCAGUGCUAUUCCAUCUGCUUUAUACGCUGGGCGAGCAUCAAGAGCAACAGGAAAAGCUACGUGCGGAAAUCUUGGCAGCUGAUAAGAAUAUUUCCUACGAACAACUUGCAGCGCUGCCUUAUCUUGAUCAGUGUGUUUAUGAAUCUUUGCGCUUGACCAGUGUCAUUGGCUUUCUGCUUAAAAUCUGCACCAGGCCUACAAAAAUAGACUUGGGCAAUGGCCGCAGCCUGAGCUUGGAGCCAGGCACCUCAGUUGCUAUACCAGCCUAUCAGUAUCAUCAUGAUGAGGCGUACUUUGAGUCUGCCCAUGAGUUCAAACCCGAACGCUUUGAUAUCACCAGCUCUAGCGAAUUUACCAAACGUGGCUGUUUACUUGCCUUUGGCGAUGGUCCACGCAUCUGCUUGGGCAUGCGUGUGGGAUUACUGAAUGUAAAAAUGGCCCUGCUGCGUAUAUUAUCGGAAUAUAAAAUUGAGCAGACCAAAAAGCUGGAAUAUAGUGCGGACAGUGGCUUUGGCAGAUAUUUGAAUGGUGAUAUUGAUUUAAAAUAUACAAAACUCAACAAAUAAAUGGAAAUGAAGCAAAUGUCUCAGCGUAUUAUGA